AUGCAGACUUCGCUCAUUCUCUUUAGAAACAUGGACGUGGCAAACAUUAGAAAUCUCCUGCAGAAAACCCAUGCAUCGAUUUCAGCCAACGGCCUCCUGGCUAAGAACAGCGAUGAGCUCAAACUUGUGGUGGGCACUGACGGUGUGCGGGCGAUGAUGGAGUCCGCCCUCACAGCCAGAGACCGAGUCGGGGUCCAGGACUUUGUGCUCCUGGAGAACUUCACCAGCGAAGCGGCUUUCAUCGAGAACCUGCGCAAACGCUUCAAGGAAAACCUCAUCUACACGUACAUCGGCUCAGUGCUGGUGUCGGUGAAUCCGUACAGAGACCUGGAGAUCUACACCAAGAACCACAUGGAACGAUAUCGAGGAGUCAACUUCUACGAGGUGUCCCCCCAUAUUUACGCAGUGGGCGAUAACUCGUACCGCUCCAUGAAGACGGAGAGAAAGGACCAGUGUAUCUUGAUUUCUGGAGAAAGUGGAGCUGGAAAAACUGAGGCAUCUAAAAAGAUCCUGCAGUACUACGCUGUGACGUGUCCCGCCAGCGACAAGGUCCAGACCAUCAAGGACCGGCUGCUGCAGUCCAACCCAGUCCUGGAGGCUUUUGGUAAUGCCAAGACUCUGAGGAACGACAACUCCAGUCGCUUUGGAAAAUACAUGGACAUCCAGUUUGACUUCAAGGGGGCGCCAGUGGGAGGACACAUCAUAAACUACCUCCUGGAGAAGUCUCGCGUCGUGCACCAAAACCAUGGAGAGAGAAACUUCCACAUCUUCUAUCAGCUGAUCGAGGGCGGAGAGGAGGACCUGCUGCGGCGGCUGGGGCUGGAGAGGAACAGCCAGCAGUACCAGUACCUCAUCAAAGGAAAUUGUCCCAAAGUGAGCUCCAUAAACGACCGCAGCGACUGGAAGAUGGUGAAGAAAGGCCUGACAGUGAUUGGAUUCAAUGAGGACGAGAUCGAGGAACUGCUUAACAUCAUCGCCAGCGUGCUUCACCUGGGAAACGUGCAGUACGGAGGAGAGGACGGCGUCGCCUCCAUCACCUCAGACACACAGAUCAAAUACUUGUCCCGGUUGUUGGGAGUGAACGGACCAGUGUUGACAGAAGCUCUUACGCACAAAAAGAUAAUCGCCAAAGGGGAGGAGUUGGUGAGCCCGCUGAACCUGGAGCAGGCGUCUUCAGCCAGAGACGCUCUGUCUAAAGCCGUGUACGGACGCACCUUCACCUGGCUCGUCAACAAGAUCAAUGCGUCGCUGGCUUACACGGAUGAAGCUUUCAAGCACUACUCUGUGAUCGGUCUGCUGGACAUCUAUGGAUUUGAAGUCUUCCAACACAACAGUUUUGAGCAGUUUUGCAUCAACUACUGUAAUGAGAAGCUUCAGCAGCUGUUUAUCGAACUCACGCUAAAAUCUGAGCAGGACGAGUACGAGGCUGAAGGCAUCACGUGGGAGCCGGUUCAGUACUUCAACAACAAGAUCAUCUGUGACCUGGUGGAGGAGAAGUUCAAAGGCAUCGUUUCCAUUCUGGACGAGGAGUGUCUGCGACCGGGAGACGCCAGUGACAUCACCUUUCUGGAGAAACUGGAGGACACAGUCGGAGGACAUGCGCACUUUGUCACGCACAAGCUGGCCGACGCCAAGACCCGGAAGGUGAUGGGACGAGAGGAGUUUCGACUGCUGCACUACGCUGGAGAGGUCAACUACAACGUCAACGGGUUUUUGGACAAGAACAAUGACCUCCUUUUCAGAAACCUUAAAGAAGUGAUGUUCAUGUCCGAAAACAAGAUCCUGAACCAGUGUUUUGACCGAGAGGAGCUCAGCGACAAGAAGCGACCAGACACCGCGGCCACUCAGUUCAAAGCAAGUCUGGCUAAACUCAUGGAGAUCCUCAUGUCGAAGGAGCCGUCGUACGUGCGCUGCAUCAAGCCCAAUGACUCCAAACAAUCAGGGCGCUUUGACGAGGUCCUGAUCCGACACCAGGUCAAGUAUCUGGGGCUGAUGGAGAACCUGAGAGUGCGCAGAGCUGGGUUCGCCUACAGGAGGCGCUAUGAGGUCUUCCUGCAGAGAUACAAGUCCUUGUGUCCGGAGACCUGGCCGAACUGGCAGGGCAAACAGUCCGACGGAGUGGCAACGCUGGUCAAACAUCUGGGAUACAAACCUGAGGAGUACAAGCUGGGCAGAUCUAAAAUCUUCAUCCGAUUCCCAAAGACCCUGUUUGCCACUGAAGAAGCACUCGAGACCAGGAAGCACAGUCUGGCCACUAAGCUCCAGGCCGGAUGGAGAGGCUACAAUCAGAAGUCCAAAUUCCAGAAACUCAGAAAUGCAGCUAUCGUGUUCCAGGCCUGUUGGAGAGGCAUUUUGGCUCGGAGGAGGGCCCAGCGCCGGAGAGUGGCAUCUGACACCAUUCGCAGGUUCAUUAAAGGCUUCAUCUACCGCCACAAGGACCGCUGUCCGGAGAACGAGUACUUCCUGGAUUAUGUGCGCUACUCGUUCCUCAUGAACCUCAGACGGAAUCUGCCCAAGAACGUUCUGGACAAGAGCUGGCCCACGCGUCCAGCCGCUCUGGUGGAGGCCUCGGAGCAUUUGAGAACGUUGUGUAUGCAGAACAUGGUGUGGAACUACUGCAAGAAAAUCAGCCCUGAAUGGAAACACCAGCUGGAGCAGAAGAUGAUCGCCAGUGAAAUCUUCAAAGACAAAAAGGACAACUAUCCUCAGAGCGUCCCCAAACUGUUCGUCAGCACCAGACUCAAUGGAGACGACAUCAACCCCAAAGCCGUUCAGAACAUGGGCAGCGAGAAGAUGAAGUAUGGAGUCCCAGUCACCAAAUACGACAGAAAAGGAUACAAGGCUCGACCCCGACAGCUGCUUCUCACAGGCAACAGCGCCAUCAUUGUUGAGGAGGGGAAGCUCAAGCAGCGCAUAGACUACGGAGCGCUAAAAGGGAUCUCCGUCAGCUCUCUGAGUGAUGGGCUGUUUGUUCUGCACGUGCCCAGUGACGACAACAAACAAAAGGGAGAUGUGGUUCUGCAGUGUGACCAUGUGAUCGAGACUUUGACCAAAAUCGCAAUUUGUGGAGAGAAAGUCAACAACAUCAACAUCAACCAGGGCAGUAUAAAGUUCGCUGCAGCUCAGGGCAAAGAGGGGAUCAUCGACUUCACUCCAGGGUCAGAACUUCUGAUCGCCAAAUCCAAGAAUGGGCAUCUGUCUGUGACGGCUCCACGGCUGAACUCCAGAUGA